UAAUGCCCACAGUUGUUUAACGCUUGUGUUAUUAAUUUUUUAGUGACAAUCAUUUUUUAAGUAAAAUGGGUAAACGUAAGAAGCAUUACAUAUCCGCAAAUGUUAAUAAACGCAAGAAAAGUGAUGGAGUCUACGGUAAAUUAGAAAUCGGCAUGCAGGGCGUGUUAAUAACACACGACAGGGGAAAAGAGAACUUAUGUCGCAAUGAUGCGUUCAAAAUAUUAAAUUACUUUGCGGAUAAAUGGUAUGGGGCAAUAAAAAGUGAGAACACUUCAUCUCAGAAGUCUUGUGAAAAUGUUGUUUCAAUUGAUGAAGAUGAAGAAGAUAUAGAUGCUGCAUUGAGUAAGGAAGUGGAUUGUAUAAAAGAUACAGCUCAUGUAAGAAAGAGGUUUUAUGCUGUUAAAAGUGGCUGCAAUAAUGUUGUUUUUAUAAAAACAUUUGAUUUAAAACCAAGUGAUUUUGUGAGAAGGGUAAUACAGACCAUUGCAGCUGAAGGGACAGAUGAUCGUUAUGAUGCAGAUGUACCUGCUGCAAGAGGGGUUUUACGGAUUCACCCAGUUGAUUAUAGUUGCCGUGCAACGAUGUCGGAGAUUAAUUCAAUGGCCAAGCGCGCUCUGCCUCAGUUAUUAAGAGAUGUAGAGCAAAGAAAUAUUGGAAAAGAAAGUUUUUUAAAAGAAUAUAACGUCAUGUUUCGUGGGCGAAAUAACAACGAGUUUGGAAUGCAUAUUGUUACUGAUGCAAUCGUGGAAGUUGUAAAAGAUGUUGCAGAAAAUUGGAGAUUUAAUUGUCGGUCGACGGAUAUUUACAUCAUUGUUGAAAUCAUAAUUAACGUUUGCACGAUAUCGGUUGUCGAGAAUUAUGGUCGAUAUAAAAAGUUUAAUGUUCGCGAACUUUUCGUCGAUCGAGCAAUGAAGAAAUGUGGAGAUGCUGAAGAUGGGGAUGAGAGAAAAGAACAACAUCAGGAAAAACAAGAACAAUAUGAAACAGAAAAAGAAGAAACAAAGCAAAAAGAACAGGAACAAGAAAAACAACCAGAAAAUCAACCCGAACAACAAUAUAAAAGGGAAGAAGAAAAACAACGAAUAGUACAAAAAAUAGAGGAAAACUAACUAUAGAUUAAUAUUAGGAAAACAUUAUCUAAAAGUGGCCAUCACAGCUUUAAUCAUUUCUUUAAAACCAGUAUUGCCCAAAAGCUUCUAAACACAUUUAAAGUGGAUUUUGGGUUUAACAAAAUAUACAAACAAUGUUUUAACAAGCUCAAUUAUAUUUUACAG